CGACAACAACAACAACAAUUAAACAAUCAUCAAAAGUGUUAAUGUGUUCUGACUAGGCUCAUCUACAAGAUCUGUAGAGAACCUAGUCCGAACCCAACAAGUGCCGGAACACCAUAACCAUGCCUUGGGGAAUUCCCUUCUUUCGGAACCGCACGGAGAACCAGAACCAGAAGAAGAGAGGCAGCAGCAGUAAGAGCCCGAAGAACGCCAACAAACCCAUCAACUCUUCUUCCACCAACCGCGUCACCAAGCCCAGACCCAGAGCCAGCUCAACAGGCAACCUCGAAAAGUCCACCAAGUCCGCCAGCACCACCAUCCAAAAAGCCAUCGACUCCGCGGGCAGCUCCAAGUCCGUUCCCAUCACAAACCCCUACGCCUCCCGCCUCUUCGGCACCGAUCCCUCCAACCUCACCUCCUUCAACCUCCAACGCCCUAACCCGGCCGCCGUCACCCUCUCCCCCUCAGAACUCGCCAUCCAAAAACGUGACCAGCGCCAAGCGGACCUCGCCCAGCGCAAAGCGCAAGAAGAACACGACAACCAGCUCCGCCUGGCCUCUUACCGGCGAGUCGACCCCACCGUGACCCCGUCGUCCGACGUCUUCCAAACUAUCCUGUAUUCCAUCCGCAACCACCUGGACUCGCCCACCUCGACCUUGAACGAGCUGCUCAAGGCGCGGUUCAGUCCCGAGGACAGGGACCUGUUGCUGCCGGCUGAUUGGGAGCGGAAUCCCGUGUUGGCGGAGUUGCAGGGGAAGAAUAGCGAGAGGUAUAGCAGGUUGGUUAAAGGGGAGGUGAAGGGUUGGGCUACUAAGAAGGAGAGCACAAGCUCUAAGGGGAGUAGUACCAAGGGAAAGAAGGGGGAUAAGAAGAAGGGAGAGGGAGAGGAAAACGAAGGUUGGGCGAAGGAGGCCGAUCUGGCGUUCAAACUGACUUGUUUGUACUUUGGAUUGCCGGUUGCGCCGAUGGGGUGGGAACAGAGCGAGACGAGGAGGUGGUGGGAGAAGAAGAUGAUGAAGGGGGUGACCCAAAAAGGAGGGUACGGGGCGGGGUAUGAUGAGGUGGAGGAUGAUAUGGGGAAUAUUGUGAGGAGGCCGAGAGAGGAUCCGAUCAAGUUUUUGAAUUGUUAUGGGAAGAGGGUUUUUGAGAAGGAUGCUGUUAGAGAACCGGAUCCGGUCCUGGAGACGUACAACGCUCUGCCUCAGUUCCCUGAGACGUUGAGGGAGCUUGAUCCGGAGGGAGACUACAUCAACGCUGAUGCGCUACGUGCAGUUUUGCCGGAUAAGUUGGACUUCAGCUUCGGGCUGCGUGGCGGCGGUGACUUUGAUGAUGAGGACGAAGAAGUCGUCGACGAGGAAGAAGAACACUCAAUGGAUGUUGAUGAACCCGUGGAGCUUUUCCCAUCCCCAGAAAACGCCCUCGUCUCUCUUCGUGGCGGAGGCCCUCUCAAAGACAUCGGCGAGGUCUUCAAAGACAUCGACCGUGGCAAAUACCGCCUUUCCACCGAGGCUUACUACGCUUUUGCGCAGACAGACAACCACAAGGAUGGCCUCAAAAGCCGACUUGAAGGCGAGAGAGGCGGCGUCGAGAAUCUGUGGAUCCCUCUCUACGGUUACCAGGGCAUCGUCUGGUUCCAUAUCGGCAUGCUCAACACCUUUGUUGACGCUGUCGAUCGUCUUCUGGGCUUCGGCGUCCGAGCUGGUGCUUCGUACAAGCUCUACCUGUUCGACAGGAACAAGGAGUACAAAACCCGAGCCCAAAAGGAGGCCUUCUCGCGAAAUAACAGGAACACUCUCGACGUCGCAUGCAAAGGACCCGGUGACUACAGCAACGACCACAUCGCCUGGAACUGGGUCAUCGGACACCUUGGCUCGCUAGGUCACGACACCAACGGAUCACCCUUGGCGCGCCAAAAGGUGCUCUUCGUUGCCGGUCCCCUGGAUCCCGUCCCUUACCAGUGGGAGCCGACCGACGUCCACAACGUCGCCAAGCUGGUUCUCGAGUGGGACGGCAUGCCGGACAUGAACCGUCCGGACGUCGCCUACCUGCGCAUGCCCAUCGCCGGAGAUCCCUCAACGGUGGACGUACACACCAACCAGUUCGCCCCCUGGAUGGCACAGGUCUGCCGUGUCCUGUGCGCGGGCCGCAUCCCCAACCGUCCCGGCCAGCCCUUCGUCCCCGACGCGUACAUCGGCGUCAAAGUCACGUCCGACCCUCGUUACGGCGGCGACGACAAUGACGACGGAACCUACGGCGGGUUGACCUUCAACUUCGACCAAUGGCUCUCCAUCCUGCAAGCCCACAAGGACUCGCGCAACCAACCGAUCGUGCUGCGGGCGUGGACUUCCGAGUCGCCCAGCGGCAACAUCGACCGGUGGCACAUGUUCGUGCCCGGCGUUUCGUACCAGUACAGCGACAACUGCGCAAUCUUGCACUCCGAGUUCAAGGACUCCAAGCUCGUGCACGCCAAGAUCCGCAACAUGCUUGAGUCCGGCCUCGGCCUGGAACAGCUGCAGGACCUCGAGCACAUCGAGGUGCACCUCCCCGGCGAGUCGUUCCUCGCCGAUGCGCGGGAACAGUCGGAGGUGCUCAUCCCCGUCGACUCAAACGGCAAGCUGGACAAGCAGGGUGUCCAGCGCCUUGCUGAGCUUCUUGAGCAGUGGUAUAACUGGCUGAAGGAGAAGCCGGGCGUGCCGCCGGCUAAGAACGGCGUGGAUAUGUUCCCGCAGUUCAUCACGCUGCAGCCGGUGUAUCGGGAGUAUGCCCUGGUCUGUGAUGAGGAUCAUGAGCAGACUUUGGAGUGGAAUCCGAGGGAGACGAGCCUUGCUGAGUUUCGGGGACUGGUUGAGGAGUUGUGGUCGCCGGGAAGGUUCUCGGUUGAUUAUUACCCUGAGAGCUCAAGGGUGAGACUGACGCAGAAUGAGCUGGAGGGCGCGCCUAUGUUGGUGGUGUUGCCUACUACGACAGAGUUGGAGUGGUAUAAGAUUCGAGAUAUGGUCGUUUGGCCGGAGUUGGUUGUGCAGGUUUAUGAUGAUCAGCUUGAUGUGUUUGGAGAUAUAUACGCCCAGCCGUUUGGGUACCGCGAUAUCUACAAGACCAAGGACGCAGAUGUCCUCUACAGCAGCCUCAGUAACAAGGACGACCUUCCUAACGCGAACAGUCUUCGCUUUGGUCGUGACUACCAGCUCUGGGCUGAAGAAGUUCCCUGGAGUCAUGGCGAACUGAGGACUAUCCAGCCAUCAGACCGUCAGCCUCAGCCUGCCCCUGGUACUACUGCUUCUCAGCAGUCGCGGACACCACAGGCAGCGGUGGAGGUGAAUCAACAUAACACCAACCCAAUGGGUUUCGCCUCCAACCUGCCACCUCCACGUCCCACGCAUACGGGCGUCUUCAGUGCCUCCAGGAAACUGGAUCUCAAUGCCAUGAACCCGAGCGAAAAGGGCCGCUUCCUCCGGGAGUUCAGCUAUGCCAACCCGCUCACCGUGGACUUCGUCAAGGGCAUUCCCGUCCAUAUCCCUCCCAUCGACCAGCUCCUAGACUGCAAGUUCGACAGCACCCCGCGUCUCGCAAACCGCGUCCUCACGCCCUCGGAAGCCCGCCUUCUCCAGCAAAAGUACUUUGAGAUGCGCACCAUCAUCCUCGAACGCGAGGAAAAGUGUCACUUCCCAGGCUGCGACGCCGCCUUCCCCUACAGCAGCGGCCUCAUGGCGCGGCACAUCAAAGCCGCGCACACGGCUGAAAAAUGCAACUUCUGCGCCGACCCGCUCUACCAGCACUGGACCGUCGCCCAGCGCUUCCAGCACUUCGCGUCCAAGCACGCCGACAUCCUCGGCGCCCUCCAAACCACGCGCCCCAUCAACGGCGCCUCCGCCAACGACGACCACCCCAACCCCUUCCAGUUCCAGCGCGAGCUGACCUGGGGUUUCUGCUGCCGCUGCGGCCGCGACCACUCGGUCCUGGCUUCCAAGCUCGACCGCUUCCACCACGACCUCGUCUGCUACCCGGGAGCCGCCCACCACGAGAUCCACCCGUGGAAGGCCUGCACUGUCUGCGGCGAGCGCAUCCACACGGACGACCCGUCCUCGGCCAAAGCGCACAAGCACCCGGACGUCGCUCGUGGCGCCGGAACGGGUUACAAACCCGAUUUCUGCGCGCAGUGCGGUCUCGAGUUGCGCAAGCUCGAGGUGGCCGACCGCGAGAAACACGCUCAUUUUUGUAGAGGGCACUGCGGCGGCAAAGGCCGCAACAGCAGCUCUUUCAACGUGCGCUUUUGCCCCUGGUGCGGUUUGGAGAUGGAGAUGACUACCUCUACUUCCGCCGACGGCAACGGCAACGGCAGUAAGACCAUCGACGUCGUGGCGGCGCAGCGACACAUUGAUUCGUGCGUCGCUAAGCCGGAAGACGACAAGAGGACGUUUGGACCCAUUCAUCCUGUGUCUCACCUCGCUUAUUACUAUGGGGUUCCCAAGGGGGCCAAGACGGCGAGGGUGGAUGUGCCGGAGGGCGUGAUCCCGCUUAAGCAGUGGCUGGGGAGGUCGGCGGCGAUGGGCGGGGUGGGGGAGAGGAAGCCGUUGAGGGCGAAGAAGGGGGAGAGGGUUGGACCCGCUGGGGCAAGGGAUUUGACCAUGGGGACUGUUGUCCCUGCUGGCAUUUUUGGGAAUGCCACACAAGGCGGCCCGGGACCAGCUACUACCGCGGCGAAGAGGGCGAGGUUUGCGGAUGUGGUGGAGGAGGUGGAGCCUGAGGAGGAGGAUGAGGAUGAGGAUGAGGAGAUGAGUGAUUUGUCGAUUUUGUCGGAGGAUGAGCCGGCUGGGAAGAAGGCUGGCAAACGACCGGCGCGUGCAGGUGGCAAGCGAAAGCGUGCCCCUUUCACGUCAGACGAUCCGACCUAUAAACCUACUUGGUCAUGGGAUCCGUCAGAUCAUUCUUCUGAGUUUAUGUCUGAUGAUGAAAGCGCACCGCGCCCAUCGGCCGCCAAAAAAGCCAAGACGGUGGCAGAGCCGGAAGUCAAGACCACGCCAAAGGUCUCGUUCAGGCCUACGGGCAAGGGAGGCAAGAAGAAGCUGGCGCCGUUCCAGUCGGAGGAUCCUAGUUAUAAACCUCCGAAGGGCUAUUCGAAUGAGUUGGAUGAGUCUGACCUCUCGGAUGUUGCCGCCGACCCGCUUGACAUCUCGCUCUGGCCCCAGCCACAUGAGGUUGUAAAGUUCCCUGGAGACGAUGUCGUUGACGAGCCAGAAGAUGAAGAAGAAGAGGAAAGGGAGCCUGCGCCACCACCAGCAACGAAGGGCAAAGGUGCAACCAAGAACAUCACAGCCACCAAACCGCCCAGGCCUGCCAAAACCCUCGCCCUGACAGCGGCAGCCCAAAAGGCCGCAGCCAAGGCAGCCGCGGCAGCACAGAGCUCCUUCGUCGAGAGAAUCAUCCUCCCGGCUCCGAAGAAGAUUCUACCGACUAUCCAUGGCAUCAGGGAACCGAACUCGGACGCCACCACGUCGAGCUCUGAGGACGAGGAAGAUUCUGAUGAAGAGCCCAAGAAGGGAAAGGGGAAGGGAAAGGGGAAGGCAGCAGCCAAGAAGGCGGCGCCUAAGAAGGCUGCUGCGUGUGGUCGUGUCACUACCAGAGGCAAAGCCAAGCAAGCCGCUGCUGUGGAUGAUUCUGACGAGGAAGGAGAGGAGGAUGAAGAAGAAGAAGAAGGAGAAGAAGCACAAAGCCCCGUGAGCGCCACCGCCCUAGACCAAGACAUUGAAGACGAAGAAGGACCUCCGGCUAACCCACCUGCCCUAAAAGCAAUGAAAGUAAAGGCUCUCCGCGCGCCUGACUCCCCCACUGCCACCGGCACCCGGAGCAGAGGUCUAAACGCCAAAAUGAUGCAACUCCCCUCCGGCUCCGGCGGCGGCGAAUCCAGCAGCCUGUCCAAGUCCAGCAACAACACCAACACCAACUCCCCAUCCAAGCCUCGCUCUCGCGGCCGUGGUCGCCCCAAAGUCUCUCUAUCUCCCAACCCCCGCCUCUUCGGCAAGGGCACCUCCCCCGAUCCUCUCCAAUCUCCCACUUCCCCUUCCCGCACCCGUCAUCAGGCCCGCACCGACUCCUCCCCCUCCUCCUCCUCCUCCCAAACCCAAUCCCGCCUCGCCCAUCUCAACCACCUCAAAGCCCGCUACGCCAAACUCCAAACCUCGCCCCCAUCCCCUCCCUCCCGCAUAGAAUUCGACUCCCCCCUCGUCACCCGCGCCCGCGAAUCCCGCAUGAUGCGCGACGCCUACACGGGCGCCUCGCCCUCCGCCCCCGUCCACCCGGGCUCCCCCUGGGCCGCCUUACAAAAACAGGCCGAGUCGCAAGAGCGCGAAGACGACGAGUACUACGCCAUGGCAAUCGACAAGUACUACCAGAAGAUCGAGGACGAGCAGGACCGGCUUCUCGAAGAAAUCGAGCGCGAGGAACGUCUUCUCUUACAAACUGAGUCCAGAGACAGGCAACGAGAAAGAGAAAGGGAGCGCAACAAUCAAAAGCAAAAGGAGAAGGAGAAAGAGAAAGAAAGAGAAGAUUUGGAGAAAGAGUUUGAGAGAGUUAAACAACUGCAAGCCGAAGCGGCGAGACGCCAAAUUCGGCAGCGGGCGGAAACUCAAGAAGCGAUGGAGGCAAGGGAGGCGGCGGAGGCGGCGGAGGCGGUGGAGGCUGUGGAGGCGGCGGAGCGGAUGGAAAGAAUUCAGAGAAAGAGGGAGGUGGAGCAUGAUGAGGAUGAGGAUGAGGAUGAGGAAAUUGAGCAGGAGUGGGAGGAGUAUAUUAGGCGGGUUAAAAGGAGGAAGGAGGAGGAGAGGAGGAGGGCUAAUGAACGGGCACUGGAGAGGUUGAAGGGGAGAGGGCAGGGGCAGAUGCCGCCGCCGGGAAGGGUGACGGAUGAGGAUUUGGAGGCGUUGGCGAGGAGUUAUCCUGGUACUGUUGCUUAG